AUGAUCUCAAAUUCUUUGAGACGGUUUAGUCCUGUUUGGUUUGAUCAGUAUGAAGGUUUUUCUAGCUGGAAUAAAUCUGAGAGAUUUGCUACUCAUGUGGGUGGUCUGAAUAGCUUUCACAAUAUUGCAGUUAAGAUGUGUGAUUCUUUGAUGAAUCAAAAACAGUCCAUUGCCCAAGCUUUUUAUAAGCAUGAUGAUAUGGUCAAAAACGAAUAUCGUCUUCGGUUGAAUGCUUCAGUUGAUGCUUCUAGAUAUUUGCUACGACAAAGAAUACCUUUUCGUGCUCAUGAUGAGUCAGAAGAUGCUGGUAAUAAAGGGAACUUUCUGGAGCUUAUAAGGUAUACCGCAGACCAGAACGAAGCGGAACAAAUGGCUAUUGUGUUGCGCUUUGUCGAUAAGAACGAAACAAUCAAAGAAAGAUUUAUUGGUGUCGUUCAUGUAAAAGAAACUUCUUCUUUGACACUUAAGCUAGCUAUCGAUGGUUUGUUUGCUAAGUAUGGAUUGAGCUUGAAAAAUGUAAGAGGCCAAGGUUAUGAUGGAGCGACUAAGCGAGAACUGCAGAAGCUUAGAGAUGAUGGAUGGGAUUCUCUGAUGGUUAAAGUUUCUUUGUUCUGUAAGAAACAUGAUAUUGAAAUGAUCAUGAUGGAAGACGGUUUUGUUGGUUCUGGGAGACGACGAAAGAAAAGCGACAUAACCAAUUUGCAUCAUUAUAAGAUCAGUUGCUUCAAUGUUGUUCUGGAUCUGCAGCUGCAAGAGUUCAAUGAUCGUUUUACUGAGCAACUUGACAUCUACAUUGAUAAUAUAAGAGAGGAUGGCCGAUUUAAUAACUUAGAGAGUCUUGGAGAUCUUUCUCGUUUGAUGGUUGAAACACAGAAACAUCUUGCACAUCCUCUAGUUUACAGACUUUUGAAGUUAGCACUAACUUUACCAGUUGCUACGGCAACUGUCGAGAGAUGUUUUUCUGCAAUGAAGUUUGUGAAGACGGCUUCGCGCAACCGGAUUGGAGAUCAGUUUUUAAGUGACUGUCUUGUUUGCUAUAUUGAAAAAGAUUUGUUUGCAUCGGUUACAAAUGAAACAGUGGUGAAAAGGAUAAUUAACGGCCAUGAGAACGAGUCACUGAACCUCCGUGUUAAGAAGUCUAAAAGAAGUGAGGUUAUAACUGUGAAAGAGGCGUGGCCAAGCAAACGAGCUAGAGCUGCUGAAAAGUUUCGCUUGUUACAAAAUUUGUUAAGAGCAAUGGCGUUGGAGCCUGAAGUGGAAACAAAUGCUCAUGACGAAUAA